UUAGCAGACGGGUGCCAGUCUGGUCUGUAGCCACGAUGGAUGUAAUAGCAUACCUUCUGCUGGUUCUGCUGUCCUGGACAAGGUUACAUGAUAUUGACGCCCUCCAGUGUUACUGUGACCGCUGCAGCGCCAACUCCAGCUGCACCACAGAUGGCGUCUGCUUUGUGGCCAUUAAGAAGUCGGGGAGCCAGCAGAUCUCAGAACAGCGUCAAUGCAUACAUGACAGCGAACUGAUCCCUCGAGACAGACCCUUCGUAUGUGCCCCGAACUCCAGAACAGACACCGGUAUCUUCCCCAUGUGCUGCUCGUCUGACUACUGCAACAAGGAGCCGGAUUUCCCAGUCUUUCCAGAAGAAGAAAAGCCCCAGUCUUUGAGCCCCGUGGCCCUUGCUGCAGUGAUUGCAUGCCCAGUGUGUGUGCUGUGUCUGCUGCUCAUUUUGGCAUUCUACAUCUGCCACAACCAAAGAGGUCUGGGUGCUGGCGGAGCAGGGGCCCUCCACCACCGUGUACCCAAUGAGGAAGACCCCUCUAUAGAUCACCCCUUCAUCACUGUUGGAACAACACUCAAAGACCUCAUCUAUGACAUGACCACAUCCGGCUCUGGAUCAGGCCUGCCUCUGCUGGUCCAGCGGACCAUCGCCAGAACCAUCAUCCUGCAGGAAAGCAUCGGGAAGGGACGUUUUGGCGAGGUGUGGAGGGGUAAGUGGCGUGGGGAGGAGGUGGCGGUGAAGAUCUUCUCCUCCAGAGAAGAGCGCUCCUGGUUCCGUGAGGCUGAGAUCUACCAGACCGUCAUGUUGCGCCACGAGAACAUCCUGGGCUUUAUCGCUGCCGAUAACAAAGAUAACGGAACCUGGACUCAGCUGUGGCUGGUAUCAGACUACCAUGAACAUGGCUCCCUGUUUGACUACCUGAACCGCUACACGGUCACUGUGGAGGGCAUGAUCAAGCUGUCGCUGUCCACCGCAAGCGGCCUGGCCCACCUUCACAUGGAGAUUGUAGGGACACAAGGAAAGCCAGCUAUCGCUCACAGAGAUUUAAAGUCCAAGAACAUCCUGGUGAAGAAGAACGGGACCUGCUGCAUCGCUGACCUGGGUCUGGCUGUUCGACACGACUCCGCCACCGACACCAUCGACAUCGCUCCAAACCACAGAGUGGGAACCAAAAGGUACAUGGCUCCAGAGGUGCUGGAUGACUCCAUCAACAUGAAGCACUUUGAGUCGUUCAAACGGGCUGAUAUCUACGCCAUGGGCCUGGUGUUCUGGGAGAUUGCCAGCCGCUGCUCUGUUGGAGGCAUUCAUGAGGACUACCAGCUACCUUACUAUGACCUGGUCCAGUCAGAUCCAUCAGUGGAGGAAAUGAAAAAGGUGGUCUGCGAGCAGAAACUUCGACCAAAUAUUCCCAACCGCUGGCAGAGCUGUGAGGCUCUGCGGGUCAUGGCUAAGAUUAUGAGGGAGUGUUGGUACGCCAACGGUGCUGCCCGGCUCACCGCGCUCCGGAUCAAGAAGACGCUGUCUCAGCUCAGCCAGCAGGAGGGAAUCAAGAUGUAGACACAGCUCACAAACACACACACUCAUCUCUGACUGGGAUCUAUACCAUUAGCAUUAUACCAUCCUGACGAGGCCUCAGCCUGUCCUGAAGGGAAGCUGAGGACUUUUUCUGUCUCACUCAUUGCCUGAGGAGGCUGGUCUCCUGCUGGGCAGGUGGACUGAUGUCUAUUGGAGACAUCUGAUGAAGGAGGUCUGUGCCUGGGGGGAUGGUAGAGAUACGUAAGGAAGCCUCCUAUCUCUGACGUUUCAUUAGAGCAUCCUCUUCAAUCAUCACCAUAAACCUUUCUGUAAACAAUCCAAACCUUUCCCCUUAGUAGGGCUGCAGCUCUGGAGAUGUUAGGGAAAGAACUUGUGAUUUUCUAAGUAGCGUUGAAUGUGCUUUUUACUGGGACAAUGACCUUGUGUCAUAUCGUUGCUAUAGCAACUCCCAGGAAGCCAAGAGUGUCAUCAGCUUGUAAGGGAUGUGACAGCUGCUCCACGGACUACUCUGUGUGGCCACUGAGAUGCGUUACGGGACAGGAAAUGUCUCAUUAUUUUACUCAAUGAGCCAGAUAGCUCCAGUGUCCUUAAGGUGCCUGGGUCAUCAUCUGGAGAAACAGAUGAUGACCCAUGAUGCAUGCCAUGCCAUGAUGCAUCAUCCCAUGAUGCUUCCCAUGAUACAUCAUGGGAAGAAUGGAAUGAAUAGCAGCUGUUUGGGUCAGCCUGAUUACACAUGUUCCAGUCAAAGAGCCAGACAUUGAAAAUACCCAAUCAACUCUGAUCAAUAGAUUAUAUUGUUUUAUUUAUUGCAGAUAAACUACUGCAAUAAAUAGUAUUUUAAUAAUAAACUUAUUUACUGCAACAACAGUAGUUAUACUGUUAUUUACUGCAAACAACAUUCUAAGUGCAGGAUGUUGGCUACACUUAGAAGCCAUCAUCCUGAGCUUUGAUUUCAUUUGAAUGAAGAGUAAACAAAGGGUGGAUGUUAGGGGUGUGUUUGAUACUAUAAUCUCUUUUAGUGUUAGAUACAAACAUCAGAGAACCUGUGAAUGAGCAGAGACCUCUGACCUGCAGGACAUUCUCACUGCAGCUUUAAUUCAUAAAUUACCAUCUGACACUUCAAAGCAAAAACAUCUACAGGAACUAAUUUUACUUCAAUCAGAAAAGCAACAAUUAUUGGUAAUGUUGCUGAAAUUAUCUCAAAUAUUUUAUGGUUACAAAAAGGAUAUUUGUUAGUUAAUCAUCCUACUAGUAUAUAAACAUCUGCUGAGCUUAACUGUAGAUUUCAGAUGGCCAGAAUAUGAUUGUUUUGCUACUCAGCUCUUCACCAAGCAGGUGUUUCUGGGUUAGCUAGCCAGUCCUCACGCUGUUGGUCCACUCUGAGCUGGUAGCUGUGAGCUCUUUGACUCUCUGACAGGCUGAUCUUUGCUUUUUCUAUUUAUUCUAACAGAUUUGAAUAGGGAUAAUGUUUGCAGCCCUACUAUACAGUUUUUCUACCUUGGAUGGCGACCUAGGGGUCCCAUCAGAGGCCUCAUGGUCAGGUUGUGAUGCUAAAGCUCUUCAUCAUGUCGUCACUCAGUCAUACAGGUGAAUUUAAUUUAUUGUGUCUGUUUUUGGAUUUUCUUUCUGGUGGUAGGGGACUUUUUGUGCUAAACUGAACCGGACAUGGUGACCUCAUUCAUUUUUGGUGAACAUGCUGCAACAUAUGCAAUAUACAGUAGAUAAAUGUGUCUAUUUUCUAUACUCUGCUCUGCUAAAACAUAAACAGCAAGACCAACAACAAUCAGCUGCCACCAUGCCUUCCAAACCAGCCGGAACCGGAAAGUGCCAGUGCUUUAAAACCCAACUCCUCUCAUGUCGGCUGCUGUGGCAUACUUGUUCUCUGUGUGCGUGUGUGUGCUUGUUGGAUUUACAUUGAGCUUCUACUAUGCACACCCAGAUGUAGGGACGAGUAGCAAAAGGAAACACAUACAGCACACCAUCCGUGGCAGCAUGCACACCCGGCCCGCCGACGCUCUGGUGCCAUUUUAUUAGAGACAGUUCCCCACCCCAUCACCUCUGCAACCGCUCAUCACCCAGCUCCUCCUCUGCUCUGCAGCGCCUCCAGCUGGCUGCACUUAGAAAAACAUAACAGCCACACAUUGUCAGUGGCGCUCAGAGACUUGGAAGCAUUACCGAUGUUUUUCUAUAAAUGGAUUCUGUUCAGAGUUUUGUUUCUUCAACCUGGAGAAAAUUUGCAACAAGAAAGCAGUGAGGUAGAUUCAGUCAAAGCAACCUGAUAUUUACUAAGCCAUAGGUUUUCCAGGUGUUUAUUAUUUUCAUCUUGUUUUGUUGCAUGGUGUUUUUCUAUCAGAAUGUACAUUUAUGAUUCAUAGAAAACAACCUUGUUACUUCAGCUGAGCAAGCCUUAAGGGACCAAUGCAAAAGAGUCACUUUCUGCUCUUAGAAUCUUUUUUGUUGUUGUUGUUUUUCAGAAAGAAAAAAAAAAUAUAUAUAUAUAUAUAUAUAUACAUAUAUCUAUCUAUAUAUAACUGAUUACUAUAAUAAAGGUAGUGAUGUAUGUAAAAGACAGACGAUGUAUAUGCAGCACCUGAUUUAAGAGUUUGUCUGCCUGUUCCCACACUGCCAUCCAGAUGAACAGAUCCUGGCUUUAGCAUGGCUCCAAAGCAAGUCUCCAAUCAGAAACAGGAAGUCAUCAAUAUUCAACUAGUUCUAUGUGCCAGAUUGUAAUUUUCAUAACCAAACCAGUCUCUCAAUUGUUGUUAUCAAUAAGUGCACUUCAGGCCCACUCCAGGUGCAGUCCACCUGUAUGGCAGUGUGGGUCUCCAUCAGUCUGUUUCUCUCUGUAUUACUGUUCUUUGAUUCAUAAUGUAUUAAUGUGCUGCUAUCUGCCUCUCUGAGUGGACUUUGUGCUCUGGUUUCAUGUAAAUGUCCUCGUUUUGCCUGAUCGGAUUAUUUUUUGUGACAUGUUGCUCGAUCUACUUGGUCAGCUGGUCAUUGUCGUCUCAGCAUUAACUGUACGCGCACACACACAGUGAUGAAUUCCUUGGUUGGUAGAAUAACCUGCUUUCUAAGCCCUUGUAGCAAGUGUUCUUAGGAGAUCAUUGCAGAUGUUUGUAGAAAUAGAUACAGCAGCACCUCUAGAGGUUGUAACAUGUAAUUGUUCAAGUAGAGGAAGACUUUAGAAAACCUGAUUUCUGCUGCUCUUUUUAUUACUCGUCAGCCAUGGCUCCAUCAUCUAAAUUAAUUAUGGAAGACAAGACAAAGAUUGUUUUUUUUUCCACCAAACUGGUGCUGGCAGCACUUCCUCUCAUCCUGCCCUGUUCUGUUCUGACACAACCUCUGGCGUAUCAGAACAAUCCCCCUACACACAUACAAACACACACAUUCAUUUGAGUCAUCUCUAUCAGCAUAUCACUCUUAAUCACAUGGAAAACGGUCAGGAGCAGAUAUGGCAUAUUCAGUUAUGCCAUAUCUUGUGGACUAAACAAAGAAUAACAUUUUGCAGUAUUAGAAAAGGUCAAAUGGAGGUCAUACACCCGGAGUCAAAGUGUACUGAUAGAGAGUGUCACAUCUACAGAAGUGGUUGAAGUACUUUUCCUAAAUACUUGAUGAAGUCCAAGCAUUUAUCUUUAGUUUAUGUGGGUUCAGAGGUCAAACAUUGGAAUUAAAGACGAUGUCAGAGUAUCCCUUUAAGAAGCCAUGGCGUCCCCUGCUCUUUAUCUGUGGCGACUGUGGCUUUGCUUCAUAUUUAUUCCAUUUGUAAAGUCAUUCUCUGGGAGAUUAGCAACAACAACAAGCUCAACUCAACUGUACCUCUGGUAUGCCUCUACUACAACAACAUUCAUUUUGUCUUAAAGUCACCAGCAGCCUUGCAACUUUUCCCCCAAAACCCAAGAUAACUUAAAUGUAAAAAGAGAGAAAAAAAGAAAUGGGUUUGUUUGUUUGUUUGUUGCUUUAGUUUUUUUUUUUUUUACAGGAAUCUCUGUCCCGUGUUCCUUAUUGCCUUUCUAUCUUGUCAUUCCAUGUUCUUCAAUUGACUUUUAACAUUUGCCAGCUACCAAAGGCCCCGCCUCACUGCAGCCCUUGCCUUCAGGCUUUUCUUUUCUAAAAUAAUGUCAUGGGAAGUGUUUGCAAGUAGUUGGUGUCUAACUUGUUGUAGAUGACUCUUAAUAACCAGAAUCUGGAAAAAGAAAAAGAAGUUUGGAUUCCACCCAAAACACAGUUCUGAACCAAUCAUAAUUACUACAUCAUGCAUGCAGUAUUUCAGAGGAUUGCUUGGGAACAAUAUUUGGUACUACAUAUACAGUACAGAACAAAGGUUUGGACACAACUCUGUGUCCAAACCUUUGGUCUGUACUGUACUUCAAGUGUCAUGGCAUUAAAGCAGCACUCUAAAUCCUCUAGCAUGAUGUGAUUGGAAUUGUUUAAAGAGGUUAAAAGUUCACGUUGGUUUAGAAGACAUCCUGACAAGCUAUGAUCUCCCAGACUGUCCAGACUUCUUUCUCUUCAAUCUACUUGAGGUGAAUCCUAUCUACUGCAGGUCAGAGUAACUACUCCUAACCUUUCCACACAACUCUUCUUAACUGCCCUUUUAAGGUUUAGAUUAGCUCAAAACUGAAUUGGUGUGCUUGUCAGGGUUUAAAGAUAGGAUUCUUUCCAGAGGAGCUGGAGCUGCGAUUGUGUUUUUUUUUUUUCAAACCAAGUUUGAAAAAACACAAUAACAGAUUGGCGAUUGCAUCAGAUUGUUGGAAACAUAGUUGGCUUGUCAGUUACUGACUGAUGUUACCGAUGCUACCUCUGUUUUGAUGCCAACUUUAAGCCUUUGGUCCCAGAGUGUGCUCACUGGUGACCCAGAGACUGGAUAGGCUGAAGUCCUCCGUAAGACCCACAACAUUACUGGGAUGUUUCCUUCUUUAAAUUAGCUGAUGCCGUAGCGUUAUUUUCUAGAAACCCAGUCAGCUUUUCUUGUAGCUCUCAAUAAAUGGUUAAUAAGCAUCUAGUUUACUUGUAUGACCAGUACUCUGUUUUUCUCUGCAUUAUAAUGCAGCAGAUAAUUUACUAUUUGAAAAAUAUUUUUUCUUUGUUUUUCUGUUAAGCAGAUGCUUAAUUAGAUUCAGGUUGUUGAAAAUAGUGCCAUACAAUAUUUGAACAUUUAGGUAUUUAGAGUGGAAAAGAAAAAUUGAUCACUAGAUGAAAGAACAGUCCUUGAUUUGUGUGAAAUAGGCAGCAGCAGGCAAUAUUGGGAUGACUGGAAGCAGUUGGGUAAAUAAGCAGCAAAAUGAGAGAGCAAAGCAUCCAACAGCACAAAUAUCUGGAAAAUCUUUAUCUGAGCCGUUUAGUUAUUUAAACCCCAUAAAGCAGAUGCAGUCAGAUCAGUCUUGUACCAUAUCAAACAUUCAGGCCACAGAAAGCAUUCUCCCUUCCCUACCCUUGGAGGCCCUGAACAUGAACUAACUUCAAACCAUGCACGGACAACUUAUCACAGUCAAGAACGUAUCAGCCCACUGAAGUCAACAAGCACAACUUGCAAAUUUCAGCCCAAAGACUGGCAUUUACAACAGUAUGCCACACGGGUCUUUAUUUUUUAUGCAACCUCUGGGCGAGUCGGGUCUCUCCAGAUCCCACAGAUUGAACAGCCUACCUAUGCUAACACCGUCGACACACUGUGACUCAGGCCAAGUCAGGGCCGGCGAUCAUUUCAUUCUGUCCUUGUGGUUGCUGUCAGAGAGCCAAGGGUCACUAGGUGGGGCUGCAGUUAGGGCGGCGUGGUGCCAGGCAUAGCUGAAAGCUUUAUCAUGUUUUAUUUGGUGCCUAAGUUCGAUGAGUGUUUUACUUUUCACCUGGAAAGAUAGGAUUGCAUGUAAUUGUGUGUGAUUGUAUUGACAGCUUUAUAAAUGGCAUCAGAAAGCUGACAAAUUUUGUGAAAAGCAUACAGCAAUUAACAUAUUGAAAAAGUCAAUCAAAAAGAAUAUACCUCUGAUUGAAGACAAAUGUGUUUUACCUCACUGUAUAUAUAGGCUUUAUUUGUUUACUCCAAGUUUGCAACUGCUCUCUUUUUGUUUCUAUGAAAUGCUUAAAUAUUUUCUUUUUAAUGGUACUUUCUGUCAGAUGGCAUUGUAUUGUGUGUAUUGUGCGCCAGCAGUAUACUCUUCCUCCUUUCCCACUGCUCUGUAUAUGACUUGUUGUGUUCUGCGUGAGUUGUACAGUCAAAGUGCUUUUCAAAUGUCUAAACCCGUCAGAGUUCUGGGUACAGUAGCCAGAUUUCCUCUGUUGUUUUUUAUUUUUAAACCAAGAAAAAUAAAAAAAAGCAGGAGAGCGUUAGAGUGGAAGAGACUAGAGGCGAUGGGAUGGACUGAUGAAUCAGAAACCUCUCAAACUGUCAAAGCCUCCUCACCUUCAAACUGUUGGAUUUCUAAGCGUAUUAUCUAGUCUUUUUUAUAUAAUAGCGUGUACAGAUGAACGAGACAUCAACAUAGGAACUAGAGGAUUGAUAAUUAUGUUUAUUUCUAACAUAGCUGGAGUAGAAAAUGAUGUGAAUAAAGAAAGUUUCAUUUGACUGUU